UGAGCGUUGUUCGUUAGUAACCCACAGCGGUGUUUCUUCAAUACUCACCAACCAGUUCUUCAGUUUCAAAAUGCGCUUACCCGGUUCUCUGUUGAAUAAAUGCAGUGCUAGGAACUCUUUCUAUGUGACGACGCCUAUUUAUUAUGUGAAUGCCACACCGCAUAUAGGCCACCUGUACAGCUCGGUAAUUGCAGACUGCGUUGGUAGAUGGCACCAGCUUAUACAUUCAAAUGGAAAAUACAAAUUUGCUACGGGCACAGAUGAACAUGGUACAAAAAUCCAACAGGCUGCUGUAAAUAAUAAAACAUCCGUAGAUCAGUAUUGCAACAGCAUCUCCCAAAAGUAUCGCAACCUUUCGGAUCAAUUCUCCGUAGGAUACACCGAUUUUAUAAGGACUACAGAUGAAAAACAUCAGCAAGCUGUUAAACACUUUUGGAAGAAACUGAGUGAGAAUGGACACAUAUAUUCGGCUAAAUAUAGCGGAUGGUAUUGUGUGUCGGACGAGACUUUUUUAGUGGAGACACAAUUAAAUGAAGUGGUUUCAAAGGACGGCCGGAAAGUGAGAGUCUCGGCUGAGAGUGGUCAUCCGGUCGAGUGGACGGAGGAGGAGAAUUAUAUGUUCAGAUUGAGCGGGAUGCACGGUGAUCUGUUACAUUGGCUGAAGGAUGAGAGCGUGGUGAAGCCGAAGAAGUUCCAUAAAAUCCUAAUGGACAUGCUGGAGGAGGGUCUGCCAGAUGUUUCAGUGUCUCGGCCAUCUAGCAGAGUGCAUUGGGGCAUUAGAGUACCCGGCGACGACGCGCAGAGUAUUUACGUCUGGUUGGACGCCUUAGUUAAUUACCUGACGGCUUCCGGUUAUCCCGACAAACGGUACAAGGACUUCUGGCCCGCAGAUCUACACGUCAUCGGCAAGGAUAUCCUCAAAUUUCACGGCAUAUAUUGGCCAGCGUUUUUGAUGGCAGCCAACAUGGAUCCACCGCGAUCUAUCCUAUGCCAUUCCCAUUGGACGGUCGAGGGCGAAAAAAUGUCCAAAUCCAAGCACAACGUCGUUUGCCCUUUCGAAAGGAGCGAACUCUACACCACCGAUGGACUGAGGUACUUCCUGUUGCGCGAAGGCGUAGCUCACAGCGAUGGUAAUUAUAGUGAUACCAAAGUGUUGCGCAUCCUGAAUUCCGAAUUGGCCGAUACCCUUGGUAAUCUCUUAAGCCGAUGCACCGGAGGAUCCUUGAAUCCGCAACAGACGUUUCCUGCAAUCGAAACAGCUGCUUUUGAUACCAUAGCCUCUUUGGAUGUUACGAAGAAUCUUCUCCACGCCAUUGAAACGCUACCAGAAAUCUGCUACGAGAAUUACUCGAGCUACGCUUUCCACAAGGUUGCUGACGCAACCAUAAAGACUCUUCACACAGCUAAUUUGUUCUUCGAGACUUUGAAGCCGUGGGAAUUGAAGCGCGAUGCUUCGACCUUACCUCAGCUGGACGUGGUGCUUCAUCUCGUGAUGGAAUGUCUUCGAGUGAGCGGUAUCGUAUUGUCGCCGAUGGUACCAAACAUCUCUGAAACUCUUCUCAAUAAAAUGAAUGUACCAGAGGUAAAAAGGACGUGGGCUUCAACGACGCAAUUAUCUUGGAAGGACGAGGCUUUCCAAUCGAAUCCUUUGGCUUUAGACAAGACGAUCCUCUUCAGGCGAAUCUUAUUGGAGAAGAGCGAGGAUAAGAAAGUUAGAGCUAAGAAGUAGAUUUCGGUUUAGUAAAUAAAUGAGGUUGUUUGUUUUUCUCGAA